GAAGAGCAAGGGCCGUGCACACAGAGGAGAGGGGGAAACUGCAGUCUGUGUGGAUUUUUCUAAAUGUAUUUAUGCACCUCGUCUCCGUUCCACCUAUGUUAAUGAUUUCUGUUAGCUAUGUAAAUGUCCCUUUAGUUUAUUGGCGCCACCGUCAGCUCUUCCUUCUACCUCAACAGUAAGCGUAUUAUCAAGCUAUCUUGACUGGAUCCAGCCUGCCACUGAACUUCCCGUCACUGAGAAGAACGCAGACGGAGAGAUCGAGCAGCUGAAUAGGGAAUAUAGGGGUUGUCAAUGAGAAUACAGGUCAAUCUACACGAAGACCAGAUGGGUAGACAAAUCGAUAUCAUUGUCUUCUUUUAGUCGACGAGACGGGUCUCGACUGGCUUGCUUACCAACCUGCGUUGUAUUCCUUGCUGAGCACCUAGCUGCAGUUUGCCCCACUGUCGUCGAGGCUCGAUACAACCACUGGUGGGGGGGGUUUAAUGGGAUCCCUGUUUCAAUAGAACUCCCUUCUCCCACCCCACGACGGACCUUCGCUCGAAUCCGACUCGGGCGCUGUCUUCCCCGGGGGGUGCCGGUUUUUGCUCAGUCUGACUGGGGAAGGAGGGCGGCCCCCCCCCCAGCAUUGACUGUCGCUCUGGCCGACCCCAGUGGAGCCUAAUAUGGCAGGAAAUCUGAAGAAAGGCGGAGGACUGAUCGGGAUGAUGAAGGACGCGUUUCAGCCCCAUCACCACCUCCAUUCCCAUCACCAACCUGGGGCCGUGGACAAAAAGACGGUGGAGAAAUGCUGGAAACUAAUGGACAAGGUGGUGCGACUGUGCCAGAACCCCAAGCUGGCCCUGAAGAACAGCCCACCUUACAUCCUGGACCUGCUGCCAGACACCUACCAGCACCUUCGCACCAUCUUGUCCCGCUACGAGGGAAAGAUGGAGACGCUUGGCGACAACGAGUAUUUCCGCGUCUUCAUGGAGAACCUGACCAAGAAGACCAAGCAGACCAUCAGCCUUUUCAAGGAGGGAAAGGAGCGCAUGUACGAGGAGAACUCGCAGCCCAGACGGAACCUGACCAAGUUGUCGCUGAUCUUCAGUCACAUGCUGGCCGAGCUCAAAGCCAUCUUCCCCAACGGCCUGUUCCAGGGGGAUAACUUCCGAAUCACCAAGGCUGACGCCGCCGAGUUCUGGAGAAGAUCGUUUGGGGACAAGACUAUAGUGCCUUGGAAGGUGUUCCGGCAGGCACUGCACGAGUUCCACCCCAUUAGCUCGGGCCUGGAAGCCAUGGCCCUCAAGUCCACCAUCGACCUCGCCUGCAACGACUACAUCUCCGUCUUCGAGUUUGAUAUCUUCACCAGGCUCUUCCAGCCUUGGUCAUCUCUGCUGAGGAACUGGAACAGCCUGGCGGUGACUCACCCGGGCUACAUGGCCUUCCUCACCUACGAUGAGGUCAAGGCCCGGCUGCAGAAGUUCAUCCACAAACCUGGCAGCUACAUCUUCAGGCUGAGCUGCACGCGGCUGGGCCAGUGGGCCAUCGGCUACGUCACUGCAGAUGGGAACAUCCUGCAGACCAUCCCCCACAACAAGCCCCUCUUCCAGGCCCUCAUCGACGGCUUCCGGGAAGGAUUCUACCUGUUCCCCGACGGGCGCACCCAGAACCCAGACCUCACAGGACUGUGUGAGCCAUCGCCACAAGACCAUAUUAAAGUCACACAGGAGCAAUAUGAGCUGUACUGUGAGAUGGGCUCCACCUUCCAGCUGUGUAAGAUCUGUGCGGAGAACGACAAGGACGUGAAGAUCGAGCCCUGCGGUCACCUCAUGUGUACCUCCUGUCUCACCGCCUGGCAGGAGUCGGAGGGUCAGGGCUGCCCGUUCUGCCGCUGUGAGAUCAAGGGCACGGAGCCCAUCGUGGUUGACCCCUUUGACCCCAAGGACCCCAUAGGCGGCUCCUGUAGGGGCCUGUUUGGGGCAGAGGGCGCCCCCUCGCCCAGCUACGACGAUGACGACGACGACCGGCUGGACGACCCCCACCUCAUGAUGAGCAAGCUGGCCUGUUCCAAGGUGGAGCGUCCCCCCUCGCCCAUGUCCCUGGCGCCCCAGUCCUCCCUGCCCCCCGUGCCCCGCCUUGACCUCCUGCAGCACCGACCACCUAACCCCCCAGGAGCAUCCAGCCCAGGGGCCACAUCCAAGGCGUCCUCCCACCACAAGGACAAGCCUCUCCCCCUGCCCCCAGCCCUGAGGGACCUGCCACCCCCUCCUCCCCCAGACAGACCUCUCUCUGCCGGGCCUGACGGAUGGCUCGGCAGACGGCCCCUACCCUGCACCCCCCUGGGGGAGCCCAAGCUGCCCCCGGCCCCGCCCAACCGCAACCUGGCCGACUGGAACCCCAGGCCAGUGCCCAAGGCCCCCGGACAGCCACCCAGUGUGGGAGACACGCGGGGGGUCCGGGAGCUCUCCAACAGACACUCGCUCCCCCUGGCCCUACCCUCAGUGCUAGACGGAUGCACCGACGGACAGAGGAACAACAGUUCGCUCAGUCUGGACCAUCAGCUGGAGAAGGGAGCCCAGAGUUUUGGAGGUACGGCGUCUGGCAGUCAGGCGUAUGACAACCCCAAAGUGAAGCCUUCAAUCUCGGCAAAUGCCAUCUAUGCUCUGUCAACAAGACCCCACCCAGGUCUGAAGCCAGUGGCUGGGGAGGAGGCCUACGAGAGUGAUGAGGAGUCCGACUACAUGAUCCCCACCUCUCGGCCCGUCCUGGUCCCCAUGGCAGAGACCCCAGUCCCCAAACCCCCCCAGCCUACCUCUCUCAACUCAUGGCCCAUGCUGAAUGACCUGGAUGAAGGACCUCAAAUGUAUGAAGCCAUGUAUAACGUCCAGGUCCAGGCUCACCUGGCCAGAGACUCUGAUUACUCUGAGCUGCCCCCCUUGGCCAGUACCAAUUGUCCCAUCUGGGAGACCCCCUGCCCGGUCCGGGAGCCCCCUGAGGAGGUAGAGGAGGAAAACGGCUACGACAUCCCCAAACCAGCGUUGCCCAUGGCCCCGGCCCGGCGCACCCUGUCCGAGCUGGGGGCCACUUCCAGCGCCGCCUUCAACCGUCUCUCCAUGGAUAGCGAGCCCGGAGCAUCCGCCUCCUUCUCAGAUUCCAGCGACGCCCCAGAGCGGCCGCCCAAGCCCCUCCCCCGCCGCAUCAACUCCGAGCACCGGCCCAUACCUCCUGGAUUAGGCGGCGGCGGUGGUGGUGGUGGCGGCGGAGGGGGAGGUGGAGGAGUAGCCAACCCCCAGAUCACCAGUGAGAUCGAGCAUCUCAUGAGGCAAGGCUACACCUACCAGGACAUCCAGAAAGCCCUGAUGAUUGCACAGAACAAUAUGGAGAUGGCCAAGAAUAUCCUGCGUGAGUUUGUCUCCAUUCCCUCCACGGCUCACAUUCUUACAUAGUACCUCCUCUGCUCCAGCCCUGCCCAGCUCAGCCCAAAGUCCAUCGCCUGCAGUACUAGCGCUUCAGUGCUAACUGGAGCCCCUGCAGUCUCCUGUCCGGCGCCCUCUCAAAACUAGCUCAUUCCGAGCCCUGCGCUUCACGCUCUUUUUCAAGAGUGACCGGACGCCUUUUGUAAUGUGCUGCAGGGCCACUCUCCAGAUCCCAUGGGGUGAAGUGAUGAUGAUGAUGAUGGCUCAUCGCACAACCGAUGCUUCGAUGGUCGUUUUCACGUCCUCUCGAGGCCUCUACCGAAAUGUAAUCGACCCCCCCCCCAAAAAAAA